CUCUGUGGUCAGUACCUAUCCGACAGCCGAGGGGACCGCACGCGCGCGAUGUAAAAAAAUAAAUAAAAAAAUAUAUGAACUAGGUACUAAAUAACCCUAAAAUGUUUUUCGUGACUUUAGUGUUUUUGUGUGGUUACACAAAUGGAUUUGCGUUACCUUUCGAAGGGUUGUACAAGUUGGAUAUAAUACACUAUAAUGAUUUUCAUGCUAGAUUUGAAGAAACCUCAGUGGACACGCCAACCUGUAGGUACAACAACAAUUCUUGCAUUGGCGGCUUUCCCAGGCUUUACCAGGAGAUCCACACACUCCUGGAAGAGAAACCUGACUCCAUAGUCUUGAAUGCUGGUGACAGUUUCCAGGGUACAUACUGGUAUACUCUGCUGAAGUGGAAUGUGACCCAGGAGUUCAUGAAUUUGAUACCUCAUGAUGCUCAUGCAAUCGGCAAUCACGAAUUUGAUGACGGUCCCGAAGGGCUGGCACCGUACCUCUCAGCAUUGAAAGCACCAGUGCUGGCUGCGAACAUGGAUACUACUGAAGAAGCAGUCCUGCAAGGAUUGUAUAAGCCUCAUCACAUAGCGGAGAGGAAAGGCAGGAAGAUCGGAUUAAUUGGACUUAUUACGCCUGAUACUGCGAAACUAUCAUCGCCCGGCAAGGUUAAGUUCACUGACCCCAAGGCGGCGGCCAAGCGUGAAGCUAAAAUAUUGUACGAAAAAGGAGUUGAUAUUAUCAUCCUGCUGUCCCAUUGUGGAUUAGAGAUUGACAAGGAAAUAGCUAAAGACUUCGCAGAGCAUAUAGACAUCAUUGUUGGAGGACAUACUCACUCCCUUCUCUGGAAUGGAGACGCUCCGAGCGGGGAACCUGUGGCUGGACCUUACCCCGUGUUCAUUGAGAGCACUGAGAAUAAGAAGCAUCAGGUUCUGAUAGUCCAAGCCUCAGCUUUCACCAAGUACAUGGGCAACCUGACGGUCUACUUCGACUUCCGAGGAGACUACGUCAAGUGGGAAGGCAACCCUCUCUUCUUGGACCGAUCCAUACCUGAAGAUCAAACAAUAAAAGAGAAACUAGCGCCCUACGCGAAAAUGGUGCACGAAGCUGAGAAUGUGCCCGUGGGGUCUACUGAGAACACCAUGCGCUUCGACGACUGUGUCUUCGGGGAGUGCACUAUUGGAGACAUGCUGGUUGAUGCUCAGCUGGAGUUUGCUAAGAAGACAGCCAAUUCAAAUCACCAGUUGGUGUCAUUCAUUCAGCGUGGUAACAUCAAGUCUUCGAUUAUGCAAGGAAUUAUAACCGAAGGCUCAAUCUUCGAGCUGCUGCCGUUCAACGACCGUGUUGAGCUGUUUGAGCUGCAAGGAAAGUAUGUGCGUCUAGCGCUGGAGAGAAGUGUUAGUGACGCGUGGGGAUUCAGCCCUUUUAAAGGACCCUGGUUAUUGCAAGUUGCUGGACUCCAAGUCACAUACAACGUGACGAUGCCUGAAGGUAACCGCAUCACCUCAGUACUGGUAGGCGAGCAGUCUACUCCACUGGAUGAUGAGGAAAUAUAUUGGGUGACGGCACCAGCAUACCUGUCUGACGGAGGAGAUGGGUUCUCUAUGUUCAGAGACGGCAAACAAAACUCCAAAGACAUCGGUCGCGAUCAGAAGAUUCUGGAACUCUACAUCAGAGCUCACUCGCCUCUGAAAAUCAAAACUGAAGGCAGAAUCGUUAUUAAUAGUUGACUGAAUUAAUUUUACUUUCUAAUCGAAUUACACAGAGGAGUUAAACAAUGGAGUAUUCAGUCACACGUUUUUAUUUCAAGAGGCUUCGAUGGGCAUUUGUUUUCCUGACUAGGGAUUCUGUGUGAAAUCUUCAUUUGUUUUCUCCUCUGUGGCUAAUACUCCUGUAAAUAGUGUUCAAUGUUACAAUUUGCAUUAAUUUUCAAUGUCGGUAUUUUUCACUUUUAAUUGUAUCUACAGUGUAUGCUUAAGUGGCAAAUUAGGCAUUUUUAAGAACAAACAUAAACUCAGUUUUCUUUAUGAGCCAUUUCUAUGGUAUUGCUUUGUUUCUCUGUCAGUAAUUAAUUUCUUAUGAAAUCUUGGGCUCCAAGAUGUGAAAAUUACCUUAUCAAUUGCUGGGAAAUUAUCUUACCAACAUUCCAUAUUGUAAAGGAUUUUUCCGGAAAAGCAUUGUCCAUUUAAUAAUAUAAUUUGUCACUGCAUACAGGAGUAUGUAUAUUUAGGCACCUGAUUUUAAACUUAGCUACAAUAAGACAAAGUAUGAUUUCAAACAUUGUGAUAUAUAUCAUCUUUUGAAAGUGGGAUUUUUAAGGAGUCGCUGUCAAACAGUGAUCCCUAAAAACUUCCGCACACUGCAACCUUUUAAUCGGCUAAUUUUUUGCUAAUAGUUUGACCGGGCUUAUAAAUCUGUAUGGAGAUCAGUGGUAAUGCGCACACGACAGCGAUAAACUCAAACAUUUAUUCGUGUUUAUUUGUACAAUGAUCAUGUAUCCGACUAAAAAGUUCGAUUGGAUUUCCAAUUAUCUUCAAAAUAAACGGUUAAUCAACUAUCGUCCAACUAUGAGCCGACAGUUUAAUCUGCAUUGUGCGGGGGUUCAAAAUCUUAACAUUUCAUUCUUGUUUUUUUAUUUACGAGUAGAACUCGAUUUCAAAAUAAGAAGACGGAUACAUUUAAUUUUGUAUGUUUUCAAAAAGUUUCUAGAUGCUAAGAUUUUCUAUGAUACACAGAAACCUAAAUAAUAAUGGAUUUAAUAUAAUUUGGAUUUCUGUGCCUUAUUGCAACUAGAAUACUUUUGGUUUGAAUAUAGCCGCGUAAAGAUUGACUUUGAACAAAUGAAGCCAUUUGAUUGGCUACUUCAAUCAAGUGAUGCGUUCUGAUUGGCUCUAAUUGGCUAGUUCAAUCAAACAAUGUGUUAUGAUUGGCUAAUUUAUUUUCAUCUUGUAUCCAAUAAAGUUAUAGUUUUUCAAUGUCAGUGUAAUUUCCCUUUAGGAAUAAAGUUGUAAAUUGUAAUUCUUUAUGAAGUAAAGUCAUUAUAAUUAGAUUGAAUGUAAUUUUUCAGUUUUUAAAUAAAAAAUAAUUUAACGGUGCCAUUUUGUAGUCAGUUGCAUUGAUUUUGUUAAAUCAAAUUAAUUUAUGGUGAAUAUUUUUCACCCUUAAUAAUUGAUUGUUAAAAAAAUAAAUUGAUUUCGUAAAUA